AACUCCUCCUGUUAAGGAAGUGUCGAGUCUGAGACGACUGAAGUCCUUCAUAAACAGCCUGCAGUGUUCUACUCUGGUGAGAUUAGUUUUAUUCUCAGUUUAUGGAGAAAUCUGUGUCUCAUUUUCAACUCUAUAUAAGCAAGUGAUAACUAACUGGACCUAAACAAUGCUAAAAUCAGCGUGUGUAUAAUUUUUAUCAAAGUGAAACUGAAAUUCUGAAUUUAUAGCAGCAGUGAAAUAAAAUGUCUUCCAAGUUUUCAGAGGAGGAUUUGUCCUGUCCUGUCUGCUGUGAAAUCUUCAAGUAUCCAGUUUUACUGCACUGCAGUCACAGUGUGUGUAAAGUGUGUUUGCUGAAAUUCUGGGACACCAAAGGAUCCAGAGAAUGUCCUGUAUGUAGGAGGAAGUCAUCUUCAGAACCCCCCCCCAUAAAUCUGGCCUUAAAGAACCUGUGUGAGACUUUCUUACAGGAGAGAAAACAGAGCUCUUCAUCAGGGUCUGAAACAGUCUGCAGUCUGCACAGUAAGAAACUCACACUCUUCUGUCUGGACGAUCAACAACUGGUGUGUUUGGUGUGUCGGGACUCAAGAAAACACACCAACCACACAUUCUGCCCCAUUGAUGAGGCAAUAACAGACUGUAAGGAGGAGAUCAAAACUGCACUGAAGCCCCUACAAGAGAAACUGAAGAUCUUUAAAGACUGUAAACUGAACUGGAGUCAGACUGCAGAACAUAUAAAGAUUCAGGCCCAACACACAGAGCAUCAGAUUAAGGAGCAGUUUGAGAAGCUUCACCAAUUUCUACGAGAUGAAGAGGCAGUCAGGAUCACUGCACUGAGAGAGGAAGAGGAGCAGAAGAGUCAGAUGAUGAAGGAGAAGAUUGAGAAGCUGAGCAGAGACAUAUCAUCUCUUUCAGACACAAUCAGAGCCAUAGAAGAGGAGAUGAGAGCUGAAGACGUCCUGUUCUUACAAAACUACAAGACCACAGUGAAAAGAGCCCAGUGCACACUGCAGCAUCCAGAGGAGCUUUCAGGAGCACUGAUCCAUGUGGCAAAACAUCUGGCCAACCUGAAGUUCAGAGUCUGGGAGAAGAUGCAGGACACUGUCCAAUACACACCUGUAACUCUGGACCCCAACACUGUUCAUCCUGUACUCAUUGUAUCUGAUGAUCUGACCAGUGUGAGACUCAGUGAUGGGAAACAGAAACUUCCUGAUAAUCCAGAGAGAUUUGAUAAAUAUUGGUGUAUCCUGGGCUCUGAGGGCUUUAACUCAGGGACACACUGCUGGGAUGUUGAAGUUGGGGACUGUGCACUGUGGACUGUGGGUGUGAUGACAGAAUCUGCUAAAAGGAAGGGGGAGAUAUCCUCCAGAAGUGGAAUCUGGCGUGUGUGGUAUUAUGAUGGUAAAUAUAAAGCACGUUCUACACCACAGAAAUCCUCUCACCUCUCAGUAGAACAGAAACUCCAGAGGAUCAGAGUGAAACUGGACUGGGACAGAGGAAAGCUGUCAUUCUCUGACCCUCUCACUAACACACACUUACACACUUUCACACACACAUUUACUGAGAAAUUACUGCCAUAUCUAAGUGCUGCAUCUAAAGAAUCUCCUCUAAAGAUCCUGCCACUUCAGUGCUCUGUAAGAGUGAAUCAGAUCAGUUAGAGCUGAGAUUGUUUUAUUCCAGUUCAUUCAUGACAUAUUUCAGAUUAAAAGAUUCAUAUUCUUUGUGAAAGUUUGUUUUUACAGAAGCACUGAACAGUUCAUUGUGAAAAGUUUAUUAAAGUCUUAUGAGGUUAUUCUCACCAUGUAAAUUAAAUCAAAAUAAUGUGAAAACUGGAAAUAUUGGUAGAAUAUCUUAUACUGAUAGAUAUUUUACAUAAGUUAUAAAAUGAAAUGAAAGUUGAUUUUGAGUUAAAAUAAUGACCUACUUUGCUGAAAUAAAGAGUCAAAUUAAACAUAAUGUGGUAUUAAAUUUAAAUAACUACAUAACACUUUUUCCUCCACAGCUUUCAGUUCAGGGCUUCAACAAACAAAUAAACCACAGGAGGAAAUUAAAAUCAUAAAAGUCUGUUUAAAUGUAGAAUUUUAAAUCUGAAAUGAUUUAAUUUUAUUGAUGUAUUUUAAAUCAUUUGAAAU